AAAGGGGUGAACGGUGAUUGGAUUGAUGAGAAAAUAGAAUCCUGGGUCGCGAACAGUGAUUUGGUUGAUGAUGAAGAAAGAGAAUUCUUGGUUCAGUUCUCCACCUUAACGAAAAGAGGAUUGAUCAAAUUCUAUUGAGUCUGACUCAUAGUGAUCAUUUAUCAAAGAAUGACUCUGGUUAUCAAAUGAUUGAACAACCGGGAUCAAUUUACUUACGAUACUUAGUUGACAUUCAUAAAAAGUAUCUAAUGAAUUAUGAGUUCAAUAGAUCCUGUUUAGCAGAAAGACGGAUAUUCCUUGCUCAUUAUCAGACAAUCACUUAUUUACAAACCCCGUGUGGGGCUAAUAGUUUUCAUUUCCCAUCUCAUGGAAAACCCUUCUCGCUCCGUUUAGCCCUAUCCCCUUCUAGGGGUAUUUUAGUGAUAGGUUCUAUAGGAACUGGACGAUCCUAUUUGGUCAAAUACCUAGCGACAAACUCCCAUGUUCCUUUCAUUACGAUAUUUCCGAACAACUUUCCGUAUUCGUAUUACAAGCCUGAAGGUUUUUUUAUUGAUGAUAGUGAUAGUGACGAUAGUGAUUAUCGUGACGAUAUCGAUAUUGAUGAUAGUGACGAUAUUGAUGAUGACCUUGAUCUUGAUACGGAGCUGCUAGAUAUGACGAAUGUGCUAACUAUGGAUAUGCCGCCGAGUAUAUACGGAUUUUAUAUCGAUAUCACCUUUCGAUUCGCAUUAGCAAGAGCAAUGUCUCCUUGCAUAAUAUGGAUUCCAAACAUUCAUGAUCUGUAUGUGAAUUACAGAUCCUUCGGUCUAUUACAGAACUAUCUCUCCAGAGAUUGUGAAAGAUAUUCCACUAGAAAUAUUCUUGUUAUUGGUUCGACUCAUAUUCCCCAAAAAGUGGAUCCCGCUCUAAUAGCUCCGAAUAAAUUAAAUACAUGCAUUAAGAUACGAAGGCUUCUUAUUCAACAACAACGAAAGCACUUUUUCAUUCUUUCAUAUACUAAAGGGUUUCACUUGGAAAAGAAAAUGUUCCAUACUAACGGAUUCGGGUCCAUAACCAUGGGUUCCAAUGCACGAGAUCUUGCAGCACUUAUCAAUGAGGCCCUAUCCAUUAGUAUUACACAGAAGAAAUCAAUUAUAGAAACUAAUACAAUUAGAUCAGCUCUUCAUAGACAAACUUGGGAUUUGCGAUCCCAGGUAAUAUCGGUUCAGGAUCAUGGGAUCCUUUUCUAUCAGAUAGGAAGGGCUGUUGCACAAAAUGUACUUCUAAGUAAUUGCCCCGUAGAUCCUAUAUCUAUCUAUAUGAAGAAGAAAUCAUGUAAAGAAGGGGAUUCUUAUUUGUACAAAUGGUACUUCGAACUUGGAACGAGCAUGAAGAAAUUAACGAUACUUCUUUAUCUUUUGAAUUGUUCUGCCGGAUUGGUCGCUCAAGAUCUUUGGUCUUCACCCGGACCUGAUGAAAAUAAUUGGAUCGCUUCUUAUAGAUUCACUGAGAAUGAUUCUGAUCUAGUUCAUGGCCUAUUAGAACUAGAAGGCGCUCUGUUGGGAUCCUCACGGACAGAAAAAGAUUGCAGUCAGUUUGAUAAUAAUCGAGUGACAUUACUUCUUCGGUCCGAACCAAGGAAUCAGUUAGAUAUGAUUCAAAACUAUGAAAAAUACGAAUCGGAGUUUGAAGAAGAGGAAGAGGACAUCGACCCGCAACAAAUGGAGGAGGAUUUAUUCGAUCACAUAGUUUGGGCUCCUAGAAUAUGGCGCCCUUGGACCAAUCUAUUUGAUUGUAUUGAAAGGCCCACUGAAUUGGGAUUUCCCUAUCGGGCCGGAUCAUUUCGGGGCAAGCGGAGCAUUUAUCAUGAAGAGGAUGAGCUUCAAGAGCAUGAGGAGGAGUUCUUGCAGAGGGGAACCAUGCAGUACCGGACACCAGAUAGAUUUUCCAAAGAACAAGGCUUUUUUCGAAUAAGCCAAUUCAUUUGGGACCCUGCAGAUCCAUUCUUUUUCCUAUUCAAAGAUCAGUCCUUUGUCUCUGUGUUUUCACGUCGAGAAUUCUUUGCAUAUGAAGAGAUGUCAAAGGUGCUUAUUACUUCCCAAACGGAUUCUCCUACAUCUAUGUAUACACGCUGGUUCAUCGGGAAUAGGCAAGAAAAGUACUGCGAAUUGUUGAUUCAUCGCCAGAAAUGGCUUAGAAGCAAGAGUUCAUUAUCUAAUGGAUCUUUCCGUUCUAAUAUUCUAUCCGAGAGUUAUCAGUAUUUAUCAAAUCUCUUCCUAUCUAAGGGAACGCUAUUGUAUCAAAUGACAAAGACAGUGUUGAGAAGGGGAUGGCUUUUCCCGGAUGAAAUGAAACAUUUGAUUCAUGUAACAGGAGAAAGAUUUCCCAUUCCUUAGCCGUAAAGAUAUGUGGCCAUGAAAAAGGGAUUAAGUGGAACAGGAUUGGCCGGGUGGUAGAGUCGUGGAAAUACUUUUUAUUCCAUAUUUUGGACCUUAGCUCCAUGGAACAAUAUGCUACUGCUGAAACAUGGAAGAAUUGAAAUCUUAGAUCAAAACACUAUGUAUGGAUGAUAUGAACUGCCUAAACAAGAAUUCUUGAACGGUGAACAACCAGAGUCUAUUACUCACUACAUCAAACAAUUUCCAUUAAUGAAACCAUGGAAAUCCACCGGAAAAUAAAAAAUACGCAUGUCCGAUGAAAUGCUUGUUGCUAUCUGCUCCAAUAACGAAUCAUUGGUUUAACUGAAUAACUAAAGAAAAUAGAUAGACCUUUCUAUUCGUCUCAGGUCAGGGGAUCUUCUCAAUCGGAGGAUCCCCCAUAUGGAUAAUACAUAUUCCGGUUGACCGAGCCUAAUUCUAAUUGUUUUGUUCCGAAGCAAAGAUAUCCACGGAGGCCGGUUCGUCCUAUUCAGAUAUUCACGACCAAGAGGUACUGGAUUCUCUUUCGGAUAGGCCCUGAAAGGAGAAGGAAGGCUGGAAUGCCAACAGACGUCUGUCUAUUCUCUAAUUCACCCGCCCCGAUCCGUUUUGGGAACGUCCAGUGCCAAAGUCACUGAAUGGGUAAGUCGCCAAUCCCUAAAACGGACUAUGUAAUGUACUUUAUCUGCUGGGUUAUGGGUACUGGUGGGUAUUUUACCAGAGGUUUUUAUCAAUCUACCCUUGUGUGAUUCCUCUUGAAUCAUAUACUCGGGGGGUGGGUGCGGGGCGGACGAUUUCUAAACGGACUCCUCAUUCAUUAGAUGGAGAAGAUCGCCAAAAUUUCGUGAUCCCCUGCCGAACCUAUUCCAAUAG